GGUUUACUUCCGGUGUGCGCGCGCCGCUGUGUGUCAUGGACAUGGAGCGGAUUUAUCACAGAAACUGAGAUAAAGACUCAAUAAUCCGCUUUUUAUCUGAUUUCCUCUCGGGUUAAUGAUUAAAGAGGAGCUGAUUUAUUCUGUACAGAGACAGAAGAGUGAAAGUGUAGAGAGAAAAUCCAUCACCAUACGGCUGUGAACGCAGGUUGUGAGGAUGGUGUUGUCAGGGUUACGGUUGUCACGGCAGCAGCUGAAGCGGCUGGAGGAGCACCGGUACAGCAGCGAGGGGAAAUCUCUCCUGGAGCCGCUCAUGCAGCCGUUCUGGUGCUGGCUGGUGGAGAGAGUUCCUCUGUGGGUCGCCCCGAACCUCAUCACCACCAUCGGCCUCGUCCUCAACAUCACCACCACCCUCAUCCUCGCCUACCACUGUCCUACUGCCACGGAGCAGGCUCCGACGUGGGCGUACCUGUCCUGUGCUGUAGGGCUGUUUAUCUAUCAAUCCCUGGACGCCAUCGACGGUAAACAGGCGAGACGGACCAAUAGCAGCACUCCGCUCGGAGAACUCUUCGACCACGGCUGUGACUCACUCUCCACCGUGUUUGUGAUUCUCGGGACCUGUAUAGCGGUUCAGAUGGGGACGAAUCCUGACUGGAUGUUCUUCUGCUGUUUUGUGGGUGUGUUCAUGUUCUACUGCGCUCACUGGCAGACCUACGUCUCCGGAACGCUGCGCUUCGGCAUCAUUGAUGUGACUGAAGUGCAGAUCUUCAUUAUAAUCGUGUACCUGCUGGCUGCACUCGGAGGAGCUGCUUUUUGGCAAUCUGUGAUUCCGGUGCUGAACAUCCAGGUGAAGAUGAUUCCCGCUUUCCUGACCGCCCUGGGAGCCGUCUUCUCCUGCACAAACUACUUCCGGGUCAUCUUCUCGGGCGGGAUGGGCAAAAACGGAUCCACCAUCGCGGGGACGAGUGUGCUCUCUCCAGCGUUCCACAUCGCAGUGGUUCUGGUUUUGGCCGUGUUGGUGUAUAAGAUGUCAGCGGAGCAGCUGUUUGAGAAAAACCCGUGUCUCUUCGUUUUAGCGUUCGGCUUCGGCUCGGCGAAACUCACCAACCGCCUGGUGGUAGCCCACAUGACGAAGAGUGAGAUGCAGCGCAGUGAUGCUGCGUUCGUUGCGCCGCUGCUGCUCGUUAUUAAUCAGUACUUCAACAGUUUCUUCAGUGAACACUUCCUCCUCUGGGGGGCGCUGGUGCUCUCUGCGUGUGAUCUGGUGUGUUACUGCACGAGUGUGUGUAAGCAGAUCUCCGCUCACCUCAACAUCAGUGUGUUCAGCCUUCAGAAACCCAAAACCUGCCGCAACAACCACCACUAACACACACACACACACACACACACUCUCUCACACACACACACACACACACACACACGCAUGCACACACAUGCACACACACACACUCCUCUGUCCUCCUGUUACACUCCUACAGCAGGUCAGUCACUCCGGUGAAC